AUGCAGAGAAACCACAUGGGAGAUGCUGUCAUUCUCGGUUGCCAUGUAAAAGAUUCGGAGGUGUGCAACAUGACCGUCCAGGCUGUGUUAGACCAAUUUCCUCCACUGAGAGCGUGUGAGGAGCUUUGUGGCGCCAUUCAAGAGCUGGUGGCACAAUGCGAGCCAGAGCCAGCUCUACAAAAGAGAACCUCACUGACUGGCUGGCAGUCCAACACUUUAAUAAACUUUGAAGAUGCUGUUGGAUCCUGCACGGACCAAAUGAGACUUUGUGUGAGUGACGCUUCGUGCAACAAGAAUCUGGCGCGCGUCCUUCAGGCUUGCACGGCAGGCCGCUGUGACCCAGACCGCUGUGGACGAGAAACGCGACAUUUCUACACCAGCAUACCGCAUAACCUCGCCGAGACGCUGGUCAUGUGUGAAUGUGAUCCCGCAGAUCACAGCUGUCUACAGAUGAGAGUAGCUCUGCACGGCAACACGUGUGGUGAGGACACUUUGGUCUGUCAGGAGGCGGUCAGACGAUGUGUUGAGGACCAACACUGCAGAGAAUUGUUAGCCAGCUUCCAAGCCGAAUGCUGGAGCCCUGCGGCAGCACCGUGCGGCGGCGAAGCUCUUCAAAGUCAAUGUUUUGGCCGCCUGGACCCGUCAGACAUUCUCGGAGAAGAGUUGAAAUGCAGAAAGGCCUUCGUGGCCACGCUGGGCACGGCGCUGCAGCGCCCGUGCACGUGCCAACAAGUGCACGGCCCUGAUUUCCUCACAUGCAUCGUGAUACAAGACGUGCUUCACAACAGGUCACAUUUCAGAAGCCAUCGGAGAAGUAAUGGCCCUUCUACUCCUCCUGCAAUCAGUGAGUCGGAGGAAGGUCGCAAAGGGCUCACUGAUUAUUUGCUUUAUAGCGGUGCAGCUGUGCUGCUCCUCGGAAUUCUGCCAAUGACUUUGGCUGUUUUAUAUAAAAUACGGCUGGUGAGAAGACACAACAGACGAGAGGAAACCAGAUUCCAGCCUCUUGAAAAAAGUCACUGUGUUGCUCUCAUGUAA